AUGACGCAGGCGUGCCACCGAAAGUGCGUCCCCCCCCACUACAAGGACGCGGAGCUGUCGAAGGGGGAGAGCGUGUGCCUGGACCGCUGCGUGGCCAAGUACCUGGAGGUCCACGAGAGGAUGGGCAAGAAGCUGACGGAGCUGUCGCUGCAGGACGAGGAGCUCCUCAAGCGCAUGCAGCAGGGCACCGGCACCGCCUGA